AUGUCUUCAUCUCAACAACGGGUUUCAGCCAAGUCUUUCAGUCACUUUGAGAAGAAUCUCAAAAUAUUGGAGGAGAGUUUGAACAAAAGUGAGCAAAUUAAAGACCAAAUUGUAAAUAUAUUGGAUCGGUUUGAAUCCCGAUUUUCAAAACUUGAGCAGGAAAUGACAACAAUGAACGAAAGAAUUGAUGUGCUAAAGGUUGCUCAUGAUAAUAUUGAUAAAACAAUUAAAAGUGUUGAUUCUACUCUGGAGAAAUAUAACCGACCACAAGCAUUUGAGAAGAGGCUAGAAAAAGGAGUCAUGAAUGAUUUGGAAGGAUUUCUCGCUGCAAUGAAACAAAACGAUGAUACCAUCAAUUUCUUUUCAAAGCACAGCAACUAUAAAGGAGCCGAUAAGUUAGAAGACAAGUGUCGAUCAUUGAGACAAAAGGCCAUUCAAAUAUUGGAACAAGAAUUUCAGAAUAUUUUGCAAAAUGUUGGAGCAAAAUCUGUGGUGAUGGAUCCAUUCCGAUAUCGGAAAGAAGAUUUGGAGAGGGAUGAUUUCGAUUUAACUAAUGAUUUAAUUCCUCCAGACAAGGUUGAACAACUCGCUUUGAUUUCUCAACGGUUGGAAAGCAAGAUUGUUAUUAGAAAAACUUAUAUUCAAUUGAGAUCCAAGUUGAUCAACUCUGCUCUAAAUGUAUUAAUUCCCGAGAAAAAAGACAAAACUGCUAUUCAAGUAGCCAGCAAUUUGAAUGCCAUCAAACAAUUGAAAAAGAAGGAUGAUGAUAUGAUUCUGAGUCAGAAAUACUACAAGAAAGGAUCACAUCCAUUUAUCUUUUACAUGAAUUUUUACUUGAAGCUAUUAGAAUCUGAAAGGAAGAUUUGCAUGAAGGUUGUUGGUGUUGAUUUUCAGAAAAAUCAAAUAUAUGGAGAUGUCAUUUCACCAAGUUUGAAAAUCUUCAAAGACCAAGCAGAAGACUUGGCUGAGAAGAACAGAACCAGCGAAAAGGUGUUCGUACUGCUAGACAUUUUGGAAAACUUUGAAAACAAACUUCUUAAAAACUUUGAAGAAGUAUUGUCACACACACAACACUUGGAGGCAUUCCGUAGCUUGAGCGAAACCUUUAAGAAUAAUAUUAAUGACCUUCUGUCGGAGUUCCAUAGAAAUAUCCACACAAAUCAAAUCAAAGGAUCCACAGAUGGUGUGGUGCAUCAAGCCACAAGCAAUGCAUUUUCUUUUAUGAGAAGGCUUCUCGAAUAUCCAUCCAUUGAAAACAUACUUAAAGAGAAGAGAUUUGACAAGGAUCGAACAUUUACAUAUACCGAAGUCAAAACAUAUUUUGGGAAAUACUUACUUCAACUAUUAGAUGCAGUAGAACAUAACAUUGAGGAAAAGAAAAAGCAAUAUGGAACAAAGCAGAAGAGUUUAGCUGCUCUUUUUGUACUGAACAACCAUUACUACAUUUUCAAGAAUCUACAAGAUCAAAACAUUAAGAAACAUGUCCCAGAAGCUAAACAGCGAGAAUACAAGAAACUGAAAGACGACGAUAUUAAUACGUAUAUAACCGCAACAUGGGAUGACACAUUGUCUGUCUUUAAGGAUCAAGAAAAGCUUAAACCAGACAAGAACGGCAAAUAUCCAAAGAAAGAAAUUAAGAAACGUUUCUCAAAGUUUAAUGAACAACUCAAAGAAAUUCAUACUAUCCAAAGAACGUAUUGUAUUCGAGAUAUUGAGCUCAAGGAACAACUUCGUGAAAGGACAAGAGAGGAAGUACUUCCACCCUACACUCAAUUUGUAGAACAAUUUCGAAAUGUGGAUUUCACAAGCAACAAGAGCAAAUAUAUUUCUUAUACAGAAGCCACUAUUAGCCAAAUGAUUGAUCAAUUCUUUGAUGAAGAGAGGAACAUGGACGACGACGAUGACAUGUCUUCAACUUUUGAAUAA